GGUUGGAUGAAUGAGAUAUUAGAGUAUAAUCCUGAUGACUAUCAUCUCAAUCAAACACAUUCUGUAUAUGUUGUCUUAGAAGGAACUCAUUUACGUUUACAAAGACCUAAAACUAAUAUGCCUAGACGUGCUCUGUGGGACGAGAUAUUACCUCCUCCUAAAUUUAUACACCAACGUCAUCUAGAAUUAAAAAGUAGCCGUAUUUUUCUAAUGCCACCAGGCCUUGUCAAAAAAAGAGUUUGGAGUAAAAAAUAUCCAAUUUGUAUAGCCUUAGACCAGGAGAAAUUACCUGUUGUAAAAACCAAGAGUAAUGAUAGUAAGAAAAGUACUGAUGAUGAUUCUGAUUUUGAAAUUAUCACAGAAGACAAGUGUUCAUCUAAUAUUUUAUAUUUAUUUGCGAGAACUGGUUGGGAGAAAGAGGUAUGGUUUAAGAGGCUUCAAGCUGCCUCGCAUGGUAAACCAUUACAAAAUCAUAUAUUAGAUAUUUAUAAGGCUCUAAGUAUAACCUCCAGAAUGUCUCGAAAUCCUUCCACUUCUAGUUUAAAACAUAAAAGACAGAGUUCAAAUGAUUCUAUUUCUUCCAUUUCGUCUCAACCUGAUCAACCACCUAGUCCUUCACAGACAACUACUUCUAAUACAACCAGUGAUGACAAUCCAGUCAAUCUUCAAGCUUUCGCUGAAUAUAUGGGGAGAUUAAUGCCAUCUGAAAAAGAACUAAAGGAGUCAGCCACAUCCAAAUCUAGCCAUUUUAAGCACGAUUCAAGUGAUAUCAGACAAGUCACUGGUUCCCUUGUCUGUGAUCCUCAGUUGAUUUGGUUGAAUUCGUUAGUUGGAAGAUGUUUUUGGGAUUUGUUACAAGAUGAGUGGUGGUCUGAAAAAAUAAGAGAGAAAUUGCAGAAGAAACUAAGUAAAAUUCAUGUGCCAUAUUUUAUAGAAGAAUUGAAGGUCACACAUACAGAAAUGGGAUAUGAAGUACCUAGUAUUAGAAGAGCUGGUAAACCCUAUAUUGAUGAGCAGGGUUUGUGGAUAGAUCUAGAUAUUGUCUAUAAUGGAGGUUUUUACAUGACAAUGGAAACAAAAAUAAACUUGAUGAAAUUACAGAAGAAAUCUGAUGAAAAAUUACAUAAAGAUGAUUCUGGUACUUAUCAUUCACCUGUAACAGAUUCUAAUGAAGAAGAUAGUGCUGAAUCAUCUACAGAUGAAGAUGAAGAAAGUCAAGAUACAGCUAAUGAUGGGUUUUCUAAACAAUUCUCUUUUCACAGGUCAUCAGGGGGAGCUGGUAAAAAAGUACUAAAAUAUAUUGAUAAGAUAGCUAAUUCAAAGUAUUUUCAACAAGCUUAUGAGUAUAAAUAUAUAAAGAAAGCUAUGGAAGGAGUGUCUAAUACACCUUUAGAAUUAACUGUGGAACUCAAUAAUUUAACAGGUCGUCUAGCCUUAAAUAUACCACCACCACCAACAGAUAGACUAUGGUAUGGAUUCCGUGGAAAUCCAAUAUUAUCAUUAUCUGCUAAACCAAAAGUAGGAGAAAGACAAGUAAAUAUAUCACACAUAACAGAAUGGAUUGAAAAAAAAUUAUCUACAGAAUUUCAGCGUGUUUUUGUGAUGCCCAAUAUGGAUGAUUUGGUUAUACCUAUAUUAUUACCAGGAAUACCAAGUGAUGUUAUACCAGAUAUACCACAUUCACAGAGUAGUACAGCAGUAUAA